GGAUCUUUUCUCACUUUGCGCUAAUUUUACCUCAAAGAAAACCAAGAGUUUCUUCUGAAUCAAGAGUGGAAACAUCUCAUAGAAGAAAGAUGGCGCUGAAACUAUUGGACCCAAACUCCACUGUAUCAUCUCCGUUCUUCUCCCCUGUGGAGAACGGCCACAACGUUUCAGUGAACCAUACCUCCUCUCGUCCAUAUCCUUAUCCAGACGUCACCUACGUGGACUUCUAUCUGCAUGAGCCCUUGGUGUCCGCUAUCUUCAUUGUAUCCUACCUCCUCAUCUUUAUUGUGUGCAUGGUGGGAAAUGGAGUGGUGUGCUUCAUUGUACUAAGGAGCAAGAACAUGCGUACGGUCACCAAUCUCUUCAUUCUCAACCUGGCCAUCAGUGACCUGUUGGUUGGCAUCUUCUGCAUGCCUACAACAUUGGUGGACAACAUCAUCACAGGCUGGCCUUUUGGCAGUUUGGUGUGUAAGUUGAGCGGGAUGGUGCAGGGAAUAUCUGUAUCUGCCUCUGUCUUCACACUAGUGGCCAUUGCUGUUGACAGAUUCCGCUGCAUUGUCUAUCCCUUCAAACAGAAGCUCACUAUCUCCACCUCCACUCUCAUCAUCGUCAUCAUCUGGGUUCUGGCCAUCUCCAUCAUGUGUCCGUCUGGUGUCAUGCUACAGGUCACCAAAGAGCACAGAGUCUCCAUCUUGCUAAGCGACGGCAACACCACACAACCCUUCUACUGGUGCCGUGAAAACUGGCCAAACCAGGAGAUGCGCAAGAUUUACACCACAGUACUCUUUGCUAACAUUUAUUUGGCACCUCUGACCCUAAUUGUCAUCAUGUACGCCCGGAUUGGAAUCACGCUCUUCAAAACAUCCAUGCCUGUCCCUGUGAGCCAAGUUGGGACCUCAGGCUCCGGUUCUAGCGUUGGGAAAAACAGCAGAUAUGAAAGUCGUCAGCUGGUGUCCCGGAAAAAGAAGCGGGUCAUUAAAAUGUUGCUAGUGGUGGCCCUGCUCUUCAUCCUGUCAUGGUUGCCAUUGUGGGCACUCAUGAUGCUGAGUGACUACGCAAGCCUGAGUGAGCAUCAGCAUCGUAUUAUUAACAUCUAUUUUUAUCCUCUGGCCCACUGGCUGGCGUUCUGUAACAGCAGCGUCAAUCCCAUAGUCUAUGGGUUUUUCAAUGAGAACUUUCGCAAAGGUUUCAAGGCAGCCUUUAAGCUUCAGCUCUGCUCAGCCCAUUCGGGGAAGAGAAGGAGCUACUCUCACCGUCUGCAGGGGAACGCUGUAUUACCUACCAACUUGCCCCUGACCAAGGAGUCUGCACUGGAGGCUGGAGGUCCGAGACCAGGACAGGUGCUCAUCCAAGAGCUGGUGUCGGUGGGCAGUGGGAGGGGUCUAGGUGAAAGAAGCCAGUCAUCAGGCAAGGAAAACGUGAAAGAACGGGAUCUGAUCAUGGAAGAUCUAGAGAAGGUAAUGUACGAUCUAUAGAUGCUUAAUGACUUCAUGGAACCCGGUCAAAGAUACUGUGUGCUCAGAUGAU